ACUCCCGGAAAGUAUUUUUAAUCCUGUUUCCACAGUUUCUCUCCGUCAGGAGUCACACCAGCAGGUAGUCGGCACAUUCUGGACAGGUAGACCUUCGCGGACAUCUCGGCAGGAAAGGAGACUUCUUUUAAAAACUCAAGCGGACGUUUUUAUUCUCUAAACUCUCAUCUGGUUCGAUUUUUUAGUAACAACAGGUGGGUUUUCUUCGUUAACGAGCACACGGACUGUCCCUUUGGCGACCAGGCCUGCAGUUUCACGUCGACAAACAGCCUGUGGGUGGCUCAGAAACAGUCACAAGAAAUUGACAAGAAGAGGAGACGUUAAGGAGGGAUAAGGAGUGGUUCAGGUGUUUUGGUUUUAUUUGAGCAGUGUAGUCCACACUCAGCCCUGAUGGACUACAUGGACAGUGGACUGAGGUACACCCCAAAGUCGGACAAAGACUGGGAUACCUCUGUCCAGUUCCUGCCAGCUUCAGAUAACAAGAAGCUUGAGAAGAAAAAAGGUCCGGGGAAAAUUGGAGCUGUGAUCGCCGUGGUGAUCUUUGCUGCUGUCAUUGCACUUAUGACUGGACUGCUGGUCUGGCAUUUCCAUUUCCGUAAAGAUUUGCGGGUCAAGAAGAUGUACAGCGGCUCAAUGCGGAUCACCAACCAAGUGUUUGAAGACGCCUACGAGAACUCUAACAGCACUGAGUUUAAAGCACUGGCAAAGCAGGUUACAACACAGCUCAAAGCCAUCUAUUCUAAAAGUCCACAGCUGGCAAAAUACUAUGUUGGUUCCACAGUUCAAGCUUUCAGUGAAGGCAGCGUUAUUGCUUACUACCUGUCUGAAUUCAGCGUCCCUGCUGGCCAGGAGGCCUCUGUGGACAAAGCCAUGACUUCAUUGGACAAGCUUGUGGACAAAGAGCAGCGUUCCGUGCAGAGGGCAGGCAACUCCCUGUUGUUUGACGACGUGGUGUCUUCAGGACUUGAUGAACGCUUACUGUCAAGAUCGUUCAGCGGUUUUUUCAACUAUGCAGAACAUACAAGGACCAAUAAAAUUGGGCAGAUCCAGUCCCCUGGCUUUCCAGACCGUCCUUAUCCCAGUAACACCUUCCUCCAGUGGAGGCUGAGAGCAGACUACAACCACAUCAUCAAACUUGAGUUUGACACCAUGAAUCUGGAAGAGGACUGCAAGAAUGACUUCGUCAAAAUCUACGACUCCUUGGUGGCUAUUGAAAGCCGUGUCAUGGAAGAAAUGUGUGGGUACUACUCACCCAGUGAACCAAUGACCUUCUUGUCCUCUGGUAACGUCAUGCUGGUGACAAUGGCCACAAACGAGAGGAAGAGCUACCCCGGAUUUAGAGCACAAGUCUCACAAAUCCCACGUGGAAGUAGAAGCCUAACAUGUGGUGGCCAGCUAGCUGGUGACAAAGGACGCUUUACAUCCCCUAAUUUCCCAAAUUACUAUCCUCCUCGGACUCUGUGUCGCUGGACAAUCCAGGUUCCUGCUGGUAAGUUAGUGAAGGUGACGUUCAACAAGUUCCUCUUGUCGGAGCCUGGGCAGGGAAACAAGAAGGACUGUCGCAAAGACUUUGUACAGGUCAAUGGAAAGAAAUUCUGUGGAGAAGAGCCUGAUGGAACAGUGACUGAAACCAGCACCACCAACACAAUGGAUGUGACUUUUUACUCUGACUCCUCCUAUGUGGACCGAGGUUUUGAUGCUGAGUUUGAAGCCAUUGACAUUAAAGAUCCUUGUCCAAAGAAGUUCCAGUGCAGAAAUCAGCGGUGUAUAAAGUUAGAGCUCCGGUGUGAUGGAUGGAAUGACUGUGGAGACAUGAGUGAGGAAUUAAACUGCAAGUGCAACUCAACAGAUAUCACAUGUAAAAAUGGACUUUGUAAGCCCAUGUUCUGGAAAUGCGACGGCAUUGAUGACUGUGGAGACCGCACAGAUGAACAGAACUGUGGUGGAUGUAGUAGUGGACAUAUAUCAUGCAAGAAUAACAAAUGUGUCUCUGAGAAGAAACGCUGUGAUGGAAAUGACGACUGCGGGGACGGGACAGAUGAGCUCGACUGCAGGAGAGUCACUGAUACAAGCUGCACUGAUCUUACAUAUCGAUGUAAAAACAACAAAUGUAUCAGUAAAGUGAACCCAGAGUGUGACGGGACACGGGACUGUGAAGACGGGUCGGAUGAGGAGAACUGUGACUGCGGGAAACGUUUGUCUAAGACGUCCCGUAUCGUGGGCGGUCAGGAUGCUGAGGAUGGAGAGUUUCCCUGGCAAGUCAGCCUCCAUGUCAGAAACUUUGGUCAUGUAUGUGGAGCGUCCAUCAUCAGUCAACGCUGGCUGGUCACCGCUGCCCACUGUGUGCAAGAUGACGGCAAGAGGAGAUACUCCCAGCCAGGCACAUGGGAAGCUUACCUCGGUCUGCACAACCAGAGAGCCAUUGGAAACACCGUGGUGAGGAGGAGUCUCAAGCGGAUCAUAUCCCACCCCAACUAUAACGCAUACACCUUUGACAAUGACAUUGCUCUGAUGGAGCUGGACAGUCCUAUCAACUACUCCGAACACAUCCAGCCCAUCUGCUUACCUGCUGCGCAACACGACUUUCAAACUGGUAGCAACGUGUGGAUCACAGGGUGGGGCGCCACUAGAGAAGGAGGAUUUGCUGCAACUGUGCUCCAAAAGGCCCAGGUUCGAAUCAUUAAUCAUUCAGUGUGUGACACUUUGCUGGGCGGGCAGCUCACAUCACGGAUGACGUGUGCUGGAGUGCUAAGUGGAGGAGUCGAUGCUUGUCAGGGGGACUCUGGAGGUCCACUGUCCAGUCCGGCUGGUACUCGAAUGUUCCUUGCAGGAGUGGUGAGCUGGGGCGAUGGCUGUGCCCGCAGGAACAAACCUGGCGUCUACACAACCGUCACCAAAUACCGUGGAUGGAUCAAACAAGUGGCAGGAGUGUAGCAUCCUGCAAAACAAACAAACCAGAUGCAGAGUACAGACAUGAACAUGGACUGUUACGUUCUACUGUACAGAUUUUUACUUCAGAACAUCAUCUCCACUUCCAGCUAAAGUUGUGGCUGUGACUUCAGUCUGUUCUGUUCAGUAGAGAAGUUUAUGUCUUCUGCUAUUUUAGGAGGAUCUAAUUGAUUCAAUGUUUUUAAAAUGUAAAUAUGUUUUUUAUUCUUGUGUUUUUAUCUUGUUGAGGUCUAAAGUGUGCUUUGAUGUGGAGAAUUGUUAUGUGCUGCACAAGCAAUAGAUUUAAGAUCUCACUGUUAUACCUAUGAAAUUUGCAUCCCAGUGUCCUGCAUUUUAUCAGUAGCCAUAAUUAGAAUUACCACCUGUUAUGCUUGCUGUCCUUGUUUGAAUUUUAUAAACUAAAAACAAAACAACAGCAAGCUCAUCCCAUCCUACCUCCUAUGGUUUGGUAUCUUAUGCAUUUUAUCUCUGACUUUAAGAAAUCCCUGAAAGUUACUGAUGUGAUUGCUCACUUUUUAUAACAACAUUCCUCAUCAUGAUUAAUUCCAUUUUAUUUUACCAAUAUGAACUUCUUUUUCAGCAUUAAACAAAGUGUAAAGAAAUAGGUUUGUGUUUCAUACAAUCUGUCAGUUUUUAGAGCAUUCCUUUCACAUUAAAUGCUGUAAAUGUGUAUUUUGAAGCAUAUGUUUUUAAAUAAAA